AUCAUAAACAGGAUUACCCAUAACCCAAGAAAAUGGUGGAGUCCUAAUUGAACCAAUUCAUCAGUGAAAUCAAUGGAGCAAAAAAGGGAUUUUUGAUUUUUUUUUAGUUUCAAAUGCAUUGUAGAGAAACCCCAUUUGGUUAAAAUUCAACAAUUUACAGCUUAAAGACAAAUUUCAUGCAUCUAUUGGCUUGGUAUAAUCAUCGGAUACGGAUAAGCUUUUCGGUUUUCUUUUUGUUUUUGAUGAAAAAUGUCUUUUGACUGCUUAUUAAUUACUUCUCGAUAAUCUUAGGUGCUGACAAUGUUUAAUCUUUUGGAAUGCCAAAGCUGAAAAAACCUGAACAUAUGCUUCAACUUUUGCAGCAUUUCAUCAAACACUCGAACCAAAUCAAACAAAUACAUUCCCUUCUUACAACCAGUGGCCCUCUCCUCCUUACCUCUCAAUGGAUCAACACGCUCCUUUACAACACUCUCAUUAGAGCUUACCUCAACAUUUCUCAGCCUCAAACAGCACUUAACCUUUUCACUCACAUGCUCUUUCAUCGAGCUCAACCCAAUAGCCAUACUUUCCCUUCCCUUAGUAAAGCAGCCGUGUAUUUCCCGCCCUGUUUGGCUUCAUAUAUAGGCAAGAACCUUCAUUCUCAAGUCUUGAGAAGAGGGGUCUUGGGUGACCCGUAUGUGUGUACUUCUUUUAUCGGGUUGUACUCGCAUGCCGGUGAACUUGGGUGUGCACGUAAGGUGUUCGAUGAAAUUCCUGAACCGUGUGUUGUCUCGUAUAAUGCGAUGCUUGAUGCUUGUGGGAAAAAUGGGGAUAUGGGUUUGGGGUUCUUGAUGUUUUCUCACAUGACUUAUAGAGAUGUUUAUUCGUGGACUAGUAUGAUUCAUGGGUACAUGAAGAACGGGUGCUCUGAGGUUGCUGCUAAGUUUUUCGAGAAAAUGAUGGUACACGAGGAUGUGAAGCGCGGUUUAUUGAAGCCAAAUGAGGCUACUUUUGUUAGUAUUCUUUCUUCUUUCACGUUUCUCGAUGUUGAUGUGGCGUUAUAUCUAGGAAAGCAAGUACAUGCUUACAUGGUAAAGAAUGAGGAGUUAAGUGUCUUCAUGACGACCGCAUUGAUCGCGUUUUACGGGAAGAUGGGUUGUUUGGUAUAUGCUUCGAAGGUAUUUGAUGCAAUGGUUAGAAGAAGGUUUGCGCUUGGAAUGCUAUGAUUUCUUCCCUAGCUUUGAAUGGUAGAGAGAAGCAGGUAUUAACGAUGUACGAGAAGAUGAGAGCAAAGGGGGUGCAACCAAAUGAGAUUAC